UGGGAUUCCCCGACAACGUGCUGCAGUCACUUCAAAAUAUUUUGGAAGUUCACAGGAUAAUUGGAGGCUUUCCCCUAAAAAGUACAUUGUGAGUCAACAUCUCUGAGCGGUGGUCGCACCACGGUUGAUCCUGCUGUGUGAGUGAAAGCGAGAAUGGAGGAGGCGGACCUCACCCUGCCUUUGAGUCAGGACACCUUCCAUGACUUAUGGAACAAUGUUUUUUUGUCGACUGAGAAUGAGUCUUUGGCCCCCCCAGAAGGAUUGUUGAGUCAAAAUAUGGAUUUUUGGGAGGAUCCGGAAACUAUGCAGGAAACUAAAAAUGUGCCCACUGCACCAACUGUCCCAGCAAUUUCUAAUUAUGCUGGGGAGCAUGGGUUCAAUCUCGAAUUUAAUGACUCGGGCACAGCUAAAAGUGUCACCUCCACAUACUCAGUUAAACUUGGGAAGCUGUUCUGCCAGCUGGCAAAAACGACUCCAAUUGGAGUUUUGGUUAAGGAGGAGCCUCCGCAGGGUGCCGUCAUUAGAGCAACUUCAGUAUACAAGAAGACUGAACAUGUGGGAGAAGUCGUUAAGAGGUGCCCACACCACCAAAGUGAAGACUUGUCUGACAACAAGAGUCACCUGAUCAGAGUGGAGGGCAGCCAGCUGGCGCAAUACUUUGAGGACCCAAACACCAGGAGGCACAGCGUGACCGUGCCCUACGAACGCCCACAGCUGGGAUCUGAGAUGACCACAAUCCUUCUGAGCUUUAUGUGCAACAGCUCCUGCAUGGGAGGCAUGAACCGGAGGCCCAUCCUCACCAUCCUGACCCUGGAGACCACAGAGGGGGAGGUGUUGGGCAGGCGGUGCUUCGAGGUCCGUGUCUGUGCCUGUCCAGGCAGGGACCGCAAGACAGAGGAAGGAAACCUGGAAAAAAGUGGGACUAAGCAGACGAAGAAAAGAAAGAGCGCUCCUGCUCCAGAUACCUCCACCGCAAAAAAGUCCAAGUCUGCCUCUAGUGGAGAGGAUGAGGACAAAGAGAUUUACACUCUCUCUAUCCGGGGCCGUAAUCGUUAUCUGUGGUUCAAGAGCCUCAACGACGGUCUGGAACUGAUGGAUAAAACGGGGCCCAAGAUAAAACAGGAGAUUCCUGCGCCCUCCAGUGGGAAGAGGCUGCUGAAGGGGGGAAGCGACAGCGACUAGUUUACCGUCUUUCAUUUGUCCUUUGGUUUAUAUUUUUAUAUACUCAAUUAUUCAUUUUCAUUUGUAAUGGCAUUAUGUUUUCAUUUAAAUGUAGUAAUUUGCCCCUUUUUUUUCUAUAUUUUUGCUAAUGAUUUGUCAUCACGUAAAAUAAUGGCUUAGCUAGGUUUAAUUAUGUUAAGUAUUGGCCAGUUUCGAGCCAAAUAAGGCUGUUCGCUUCAUGGAGUUGAGAGGAUUUUUUUUUUUUUUUUUUACCAAGCUGUAUUUUCUUAUUUCCUUAGUUUAAAGAUUAGAUGAUCUCAGUGGCUUAUCGUUGGUGAUUUAUCUUUUGGGAACAUUUUUUUUUUUUUUUCUUUUUUAAGUAGUGUUGGUAGAAGAGGGGCUGGCUGGAUCACCCCCAACACUUGAGCCUUUUUAUACAAAGCUGAAUGAACUUUACCAAAACGCUGUGGCCCUGUUUUGAAAACUAACUUGACACUGAAUAACCGACUCUGUUUUCCUGUCAGCUACUGUAUUCAAAAUAUGGAUUCAGUCGCAUCCUUGCAGCAGUAAAGUUGAUUAUUGUUUCCUCCAUUAAACCAGUUGAACCACUUUAAGGCACUUUGACUUCAUGUGACCAAUCGCUGACUAAAUGACCACUUUUAACAUAACACUGCCAGAGAAUAUUAAGAGGCAUUUCUGUAACUUUGUAGCUUAGCAAAAGGUUUCGGUUUCCUUUAUAUUCUUGAAUUUUCUUGUAUUUUGUACUGACUUUCAGCUUUAUACUCGAGCUCUGAGCUGAAAUAAACACAUUCCGUCUCAA